AUGGACAAUGAAAGGCCUGUCCGGCUUCUCUCUUUGGAUGGCGGGGGUAUCCGCGGGCUCUCCUCCAUCUUGAUUCUGAAAGAUUUGAUGCGUCAUGUGAAUCAAGAUCGUGAUCCCAAUAGCCAGCUUCAACCUUGGCAAGUCUUCGAUCUCAUCGGGGGUACAAGUACUGGCGGCAUUAUUGCUAUAAUGCUAGGAUGUCUUCGCAUGACGGUCGACGAAUGUGAAGAGGCGUACAUUCGUCUUGCAAAAACAAUUUUCAAGCCGAAGCGAUGGAAAUACAACGCCUUCAGCCGUGGUGUCGACUUCUUCUCCGCUAGUGAACGCUACGAUUCAUCCAAGUUGGAAAGUGUUGUCAAAGAAAUCAUCAAAGCGCGGACGGGCAGCGACAAGACACCCCUCAGUAACUUUACUGAGGACGGUUUCGGCAAGGUGUUCGUUACCACGGUCCAGACAGAUGACAAUGAGCUGCUUUUGCUGCGCUCGUAUGAAACGAGGCAAGAAAUCGACAAACACUCCAAACAGUUUCAGCUGUGGGAAGCCCUCCGCGCCACAUCAGCUGCCACAACGUACUUUAAAGAAUACCGUCGUGGCAAUGCCGGUUAUCUAGACGGAGCAUUGAAAAGCAACAACCCCAUUUUCCAAGUCCGUCAAGAAGCUCGAGACCAGUGGCCGGAUAGGGAGGCUUUCUUAAUCAGUAUCGGGACGGGCACCAAGCCGUCGGUUCCUCUCAGGGGGAACCUUAUACACCUAGCGAGAACACUGACCAAGCUAGUCACUGAAACCGAGGAAACCUGGAAUCGGUUCAGGGGGUCACAUAAGGAAAUGUUGAAAGACAGUCUCCUAUUUCGCUACAGCGUCCCCGAACUUGGAGGCGUGGACCUGGGAAACCACAAGUUGAUGGGCAUGGUCCGCACGAAUACGGAACGCCAUCUACGAGAAGCAGCAACAGAGAAAUACGUCACAGCAUGUGCCAAGAAGAUGAUGGAAAUUGAGUCUGGUGAAUUCGUGACUCUGCGCAUGGGGAAAUCCAGAGCCCUGCGUUUGGAAGAUCUCUCAGAGCAGGAGAAAGGCGAUGGAGAUUACGAAAGCCAGAGGCUUGGUAUCGACAAACCCGUCCCUGGAACCUGUAAAUGGUUCCUUCGACAUCCAAAAUUUGUCAACUGGGAACGAGGUUCUGCCUCUUCUCUUCUCUGGGUGACGGCGAAUCCUGGAUGUGGCAAAUCAGUCCUAUCCAGCUUCCUUGUAGACACGCUAAAUGAUGAGAGCAGCCGGCCCAUCGUCUGUUCGUUCUUCUUCAAAGCUGGCAUCGAUAGUCGCCGAUCUUCGCACCAAGCUCUCUGCGUCCUCUUGCAUCAACUAUUCGUCGCUGCCCCGAACCUAGUACAGGCAGCGAUGGAAGAUUACUGCAGCAAGGACAUCCUCUCUUUCACCAAAGACGUCGAAGCACUCUGGGCUAUUCUCUGCGAAGCCGUGAGUCGCCUCAGCAAGCGCAAAGUCAUAUGUAUCAUCGACGCCCUGGAUGAAUGCUCAGAUCAGUCGAGGAAUCGUUUCAUCAGUCAGCUCGUCACCGCAAUCUCAGCCAACGGUUCCCUGAGUUCUGUCGGCAAUCUGAAAUUCCUCGUCACGAGCCGACCAUGGCCCAGCAUAGAGAGCCGCUUCCGCAACUUGCUCUCCAUUCGACUUCGGGGGGAAGAUGAGUCGCCGGCGCUCUCUGCUGAUGUGGAGAAAAUGAUUGAGCAUCGAGUGCGAGAGCUCAAGAAAUCCUCAUUUCUGUCCACAGAAGCCAGCUCUCUGGUCGCCAAGAUCCUGACUGAGGGAGCCGAUAGGACGUUUCUCUGGGUUUCUUUGGUUUUUGAUGCCAUUGAACGGCUUCAGUCACGAAAACUCAGCUCGAUUGAACGGUCAUUGGAGUCGUUACCGGGCGACCUAGAUCAGCUCUACGAGAGCGCCUUAGCAGCAUUCGUCGACCCCAAAGCGUCUUACAAGCUGUUAAGUAUGGUGCUGGCUGCCAAGCGUCCACUAAAGCUCGAUGAGCUGAAUGUGGCCCUCAGUUUCGAAGAAAACACGAUCUCGCUCGAGGCUUUGAGCAGGGAGCUCGAGCCCAAUGCUGAGCACACCAUCAAAGAACUGGGGGGGUUCUUCAUUCGGAUUAUGGACUCAACUGUCUUUCUGGUCCACCAAACGGCGCGAGAUUUCCUUCUUUCUCGUGGAACAAACCUCGUUGAAAAGCAACCGAUCCACAGAGUCGACCUUGAACUGGCCAAUUUCAGCCUAGCGAGAACUUGCAUCGGCUUCAUUCAGCUCGAGGGCUUGCCCGUAAGGCCGCAGCGUCCCAUGACAGAAGAAGAACGCGUAAAGUCAAACGAGAUUCUGUUAGCCAAUUUACCAGGCUGGGCGAAAAGCUUUUAUGUCUACGCCUCGACGGAGUGGGCGUCACACCUUGGGGGCGACGAAGUUUUCAAAUCUACGUCUGAUAUACAUGAUGCUGUCCGUUCUAUCUGCGACUCUUCUAAACCAUACUUCAGUGCUUGGUGGUACUUGUAUGUCGAUGGAAAGUUCUUUGCCGGUAGUGGAAAGCAACAUCCCCAUUUCGGUGAUUGCGCCGGUCGUUGUUUUGCUCAUUGGUCCACGUUGAAAGGCUCUCCGGCUGCUACGCGAGGUUUGUUGGAGUCGGGAACGAGCGUCGCAGGAGAGCUGGAUGCAUAUGGAUGCGACCUCCUUUAUCACUGUGCGUCCCGUAGAGAUGAGCAAGCUCAUUGGAUUCUUGAGAAUACCGAUCAUGCAACAUUACAUCUGCUCAAUUUUCUGGAGCGCACAGUUUCAGAAGAAAACUGGAAGGUGUUCCAGCAACUUCUCCAUACGCAAGUACAAAUCAAGUUGCCAGAGCAUGAAGCACGAGCGAGAUAUUAUUCUCUCACUGUAACCGCUCUCAGACGACCCAAGUUCCUGGAACCUCUCCUGAACAGAGGCCUAACCAUCUGUGGCAAGGAGUUUUUGGAAGCUGCGGAAAAAGGAUGCCAUGAAUCCUUGGCACUUCUGAUCGACCGCAGGCCCCAGGCAGUUGAAGAUUUGCCACGGGUUCUCAAAGAAGUGUUGGUUCGGGCGACAGAACUGGGCUACCCGCGUUGCCGAACGGUGGUUUUGAGACAUCUUUCUUCCGACGCCGCCAUCGGCCUUGACUUGUCUGCGGGUUUGAUAGAAGCUUCCUAUCGGGGUGAUCGCUGCAGCAUUCGUGAGCUAGGUGCCAUGGGGGCCUUGGACCAGGGCAAGGGUCUUGCCUUCAGCUGCGCCCUAGGAGACUCAGAAACUGCAGCGGCGUUCAUCAAUAGCAUAGCGUACCCCCGCGAGGUUCUGGUAGAAGGUUUAUCGACAUACUACGACAGCAACAUGGGAUCUGAGUUGAAAGAAUCCUGCUUGAAAACCUUAAGAAACGUUGUGGCUUCCCGGGGCAAGCUCUUUGAAGGAUUCAGACUUUUUCCGAUCUUUGGUUUCUCCUUCGAAGACGCCACACAACUUCUCGAACUACUUUCGGCCAGAGGAAUUUUUAUUUCCCGUCGGCGGUUUGUCGAGGCGACAGCAAUAGUGGUUGCAAUGGACGACCGGUUCAGCUACUGGCUGGCACAAGCCGCUAGCAAACUUCAGAACGACCCUACUUUAGCAGCCAAGGACUUUUUCCUGCUGGCAUGUUUCUGGGGUAAGCCCUCUCUAGUUCAGUUGGGGGUUUCUGGAGCUGUCGAUAUCAAUAAGCAAGAUGGCUCUGGAAUUACUCCUCUCAUGGCAGCAACAGCAUCCGGUAGUCUAGAGGUUGUGAGACUGCUUUUGGAGAAGGGUGCUAAUCCAGACCAGCGAUGCAAGGCACUAGUACCACAGCGAGGCACCAUGUCAGAUAUCGAAUGGGAGUUGGCCAGCCUGUGUAUUCAUUUUGCGAGAGGGCUCGGCAUCGCAUGUAUGGAGGGCAGUCCUCGCUCUCUCGCUAGGCAGAUGGGCCAGGUAGAGAUCGAGGAAGUAUUGAACGAUGUUGGAUGA